CAGACAGACAAGCCCAAGGACAAGGAAGCAGCUACUGGACCCAAGAAGGAAUAAGGUAGACCCUGAUUUUGGAACCUGAAGACCAAAGUGCAAGAUUAGCUCUGCUACUUCCAUCUGUGGACCCUUGGGCAGGUAUCUCUGGGCCUUCACUUACUCUUUGUGAAAUGAGGACAGGGGCAAUCCCUACCCUACCAAGUCAUUGGGAGUGAAGACAUGAUGACACGGUGAUUGUGAAAAGAUUUUGUCAAUCGCACCAGCAUUAAGGGUGCCCAUCUCCAGGUUCCCCCAGGCCUCAAGGCUCCCAAGGCCUGAGUAGGCAGGUAGCACCCAGGUAUAGACCUUCCACGUGCAGCACCCAGGACACAGCCAGCAUGAACUGGGCAUUUCUGCAGGGCCUGCUGAGUGGCGUGAACAAGUACUCCACAGCGCUGAGCCGCAUCUGGCUGUCUGUGGUGUUCAUCUUUCGUGUGCUGGUGUACGUGGUGGCAGCGGAGGAGGUGUGGGACGAUGAGCAGAAGGACUUUGUCUGCAACACCAAGCAGCCCGGCUGCCCCAAUGUCUGCUAUGACGAGUUCUUCCCCGUGUCCCACGUGCGCCUCUGGGCCCUACAGCUCAUCCUGGUCACGUGCCCCUCACUGCUCGUGGUCAUGCACGUGGCCUACCGCGAGGAACGCGAGCGCAAGCACCACCUGAAACACGGGCCCAAUGCCCCAUCCCUGUACGAUAACCUGAGCAAGAAGCGGGGCGGACUGUGGUGGACGUACUUGCUGAGCCUCAUCUUCAAGGCCGCCGUGGACGCUGGCUUCCUCUAUAUCUUCCACCGCCUCUACAAGGAUUAUGACAUGCCCCGCGUGGUGGCCUGCUCCGUGGAGCCUUGCCCCCACACUGUGGACUGUUACAUCUCCCGGCCCACGGAGAAGAAGGUCUUCACCUACUUCAUGGUGACCACAGCUGCCAUCUGCAUCCUGCUCAACCUCAGUGAAGUCUUCUACCUGGUGGGCAAGAGGUGCAUGGAGAUCUUUGGCCCCAGGCACCGGCGGCCUCGGCGCCGGGAACGCCUACCUGAUACGUGCCCACCAUAUGUCCUCUCCCAGGGAGGGCACCCUGAGGAUGGGAACUCUGUCCUAAUGAAGGCUGGGUCGGCCCCAGUGGAUGCAGGUGGGUAUCCAUAACCUGCGAGAUCAGCAGAUAAGAUCAACAGGUCCCCCUAACCUGAGGCCACCCAGGAAAACAGGCAGGGGCAGUGGCAUCCUUGCCGUAGCAGGGUGGUGAGGAGGGUGGCUGUGGGGGCUCAGGAAGCUCGCCCAGGGGCCAAUGUGGGAGGUUGGGGGUAGUUUGGUCCCCAGGUCCUGAGCCUCAGGGGAGGGAGGUUGAUGGCUAGUGGGGAUUUUGUAUAUGGCAACAGUGUAUGUCAAACCUCUUAAUAAAUAUGAUUUUCCCAGUA